UGGGGCAACACAUCAAGCAGAUUGAUCUCGCCUAGUGCUCACUUCGCUAUCCAAGGUGUGAGCAACCUACCAAGCGCUCAAGUAGAGCUUUCCACUUAACCCUUCGCCCGCAAUGGGCUCUAUCAACUUCCCCGCCGAAGAAGAGCGCAUCCUCGCGCACUGGGACGACAACAACGCCUUCCACCGCCAGCUCGAACUCAGCAAGGACGAGAAGCCCUACGUCUUCUACGAUGGCCCUCCAUUCGCUACCGGAACACCUCACUAUGGUCAUCUGCUCGCCUCCACCAUAAAAGACAUCAUUCCCCGCUAUUGGUCGAUGCGAGGGCGAUAUGUAGAGCGUCGGUUUGGGUGGGACACACAUGGUGUACCAAUCGAGCAGAUCAUCGAUAAAGCACUACAAGAGGAGUUCGGUGUGCGAGGCAAGGCUGCAGUAGACAAGAUUGGCAUAGCAGAGUACAAUCGACGAUGUCGAGAGGUCGUCUUGACCUACGCUGGGGAGUGGAGAAAGGUCAUUGGAAGACUGGGACGAUGGAUCGACUUUGAUCGCGACUACAAGACGAUGGAUGCGACCUUCAUGGAGAGUUGUUGGUGGGUGUUUGCUCAGCUCCACAAGAAAGGGCUUGUAUACCACGGCGCGAGAGUGCUUCCAUAUUCCACAGCCUUGGGCACCGCACUGUCGAAAUCUGAGGCACAGGAAGACUACAGAGAUGUACAGGACCCUGCAGUCACAGUCAGCUUUCCUGUUCUGCCGGUGGACCAGCAACCGGAGCAUGUUCGGGCAAAGAUUGAAGAGGUCACAAACCUGGUGGGCGGUGAGGUCAAUUUCGUGGCAUGGACAACGACACCUUGGACGCUACCGAGUAAUCUGGCGCUCUGUACAAGCCCUGAGUUCGAGUACAUCGUCGUGCAUGACAAGGAGAGCGGGAAGAACUUGAUCAUGCUCGAAGCGGGUCUGAAGGUACUGUUCAAGGACCCGAAGAAGGCGAAGGACAAGUUCCAGCAAUUCCCGUUGAAGAUCAAAGGCACAGAUCUGGCUGGGUGGAAGUACAAGCCAAUCUUCAGCUACUUCUACGACCAAUUCAAGGACAUUGCUUUCCGCGUGGUCAACGACACAUACGUCAAGUCAGACGAAGGUGUGGGCGUUGUCCACCAAUCGCCUUCAUUCGGUGAGGACGAUUACGCCAUUUGCUGGCGAGAGAAGAUCUUCCUUCCUGAGCGACCUCCACCAAAUCCACUGAACACCCAGGGGGAGUUCACUCCCGACGUGACGGACUUCGUCGGUCAGCACGUCAAAGCUGCGGACAAGGCCAUCAUCAAGAAGCUCGAGCAGGAUCAACGAAUGGUCAGAAAGGGCCAGAUCACCCACAGAUAUCCAUUCUGUCCCCGCUCGAAGACGCCACUCAUCCAACGCGCUGUUCCAUCGUGGUUUAUCAAGGUAGAGGAGAUCUCACCACAGCUGACUGACAAUCUGAAGAAGACACAUUGGGUUCCGGAGUCAGUAAAUACUGGUCGUUUCCACAACUGGCUUGCCUCUGCAAAAGACUGGAAUGUCAGCAGAAAUCGAUUCUGGGGGACACCUCUUCCGCUGUGGGUGUCAGAUGACUUCAAGGAGGUUGUUUGCGUCUCUUCUGUUGCAGAGCUGAAGAAACUGUCGGGUUACGAGGGCGAGAUCAAGGAUCUGCACAGAGACACCAUUGACUCCAUCACCAUUCCAUCACAACAAGGCAAGGGCACGCUGCGUCGUGUGGAAGAAGUCUUCGACUGCUGGUUCGAGUCUGGUUCGAUGCCGUACGCUUCUUCGCAUUAUCCGUUCUCGUAUCCUGGCUUCGAUGCUGCCAAUCCGGCGUCAGGCACGACGUCAGAGGAAGGUCCUGGUAAAGAGCUCUUCACCAAAUUCCCAGGUGACUUUAUCGCUGAAGGUCUAGACCAGACUCGUGGUUGGUUCUACACGCUCUCCGUGCUCGGUACCCACCUCUUCGGAACGUUCCCAUACAAGAAUUGUGUUGUCAACGGUAUCGUACUUGCAGAGGAUGGCAAGAAGAUGUCGAAAUCACUCAAGAACUUCCCGGACCCUAUGGUCGUUAUUGACAAGUAUGGUUCCGAUGCGCUGAGGCUCUACCUGAUCGACUCGCCUGUGGUGCGUGGUGAACCACUGCGAUUCGCGGAGCUCGGCGUCAAGCAGAUCGUGUCUGGUGUGUUGCUGCCACUGUGGAACUCAUACAAUUUCUUCGCCCAGCAAGCCGCUCUCUACAAAAAGAACACUAACCAGGACUUUGUCUUCGACCCUGAAGCACAAAAGUCGAAUCACAACAUCAUGGAUAGAUGGGUUCUUGCAGCGACACAAUCUCUCAUCCAGUACGUGAAUCAGGAGAUGGAGGCCUACAGACUCUACACUGUCGUGCCUAGGCUGUUGAAGAUGGUUGAUGAUGUAACAAACUGGUACAUUCGCUUCAACCGCAACCGCCUGAAGGGUCAAAGUGGUGCGCCAGCCGCGGCGCCAGCCACCAACGGUGUCGAUGGAGAGGUAAAUGGCGCUGAAGAAGAGGAGGGCAGCACCACCGACACGCUGCACGCCCUGAACACCCUGUACGAGGUUCUUUACACAUUGACACGCGCACUGGCUCCUUUCAUUCCUUUCUUGAGCGACAAUAUCUUCCAGCGACUGGCAUCACAUCUGCCAGAGUCUAUCUCGAAGGGACAAGAUGUGCGCAGUGUUCACUUCUUCCGAUUCCCCGAUGUGCGACAAGAGCUUUUCGACACUACAGUUGAGCGACGCGUGAGCCGCAUGCAGAAGGUCAUCGAGCUGGGUCGUAUCUGCAGAGACCGACGAACAGUGUCCUUGAAGACCCCACUCAAGACUUUGAUUGUCUUGCACCAGGAUCCUGAGUUUCUGGAAGAUGUGCGGACGCUUGAACGCUAUGUUACAGAAGAACUCAACGUGCGCGAUCUUGUCCUCACGAGCGAAGAGAGCAAAUACGGCGUGGAGUACUCCGUACUACCGGAUGUGAAGAGUCUUGGCCAGAAGUUCAAGAAGGAUGCGGCAAAGAUCAAGGCCGCUUUGCCAAAGGUCUCCCCUGGCGAGCUUCGAGCUUUCCUCGACUCUGGCAAGCUCACUGUCGAAGGCAAAGAACUCACUUCAGAAGAUCUCCGCGUACAGCGUAAACUCAAGGAGUCCGCUGAGACCAAAAACCUCGAGGCGGGCACUGAAGGUGACGUCCUGGUCGUCCUGGACGCUUUCGCUUACCCCGAGCUCGCGCAAGAAGGUCUCGCCCGAGAAGUCCUGAACCGCAUCCAGCGCCUCCGUAAGCGUGCUGGUCUUGUGCCAACAGACGAUGUGCAAGUGGCAUACAGCGUGCUGGCUCCUGCGAGCACCGAUGGCGCGCCGGAUGGCGAGAAGGCCGCCGUUGCUGAAGUUAGCCGACUUGAGCAGGAGCGACAGAUGGAAGAAAUGUUCACUCAACAGAGUGCUACCUUUUCCAAAGCGGCGAGCAAGGGUGUUGUCAAGGUUAGUGGCGACGAUAAGGGCGUCGCUGAAGAGGAGACAGAUGUCAAGGAUAUCCGUUUGCUGUUGAGGUUACUGAAGCUGUGAGCGUGUACUGUAUGGCGAUAGUAAGAGCAAGAAGAAACGAGUGCAUGAGUAACGGAACGAAGAAAGCAGAGCUUUUGGACGAGAACGGUCUGACCAUUCUAUUUCGAGGCUAGACACUAGAGACUGAUCUUUAAAGGACAAAUUCUGCCCAGAUGCAUCAUCUCCUUCUA